CCCAGUGACGCAGGACGGAAAGAAAAAAACAACACGGGAGCAGCAGCCCCAGGACACUAAUCCCACCAAAAUCCACAGCUCCCAGGAUUCAGCCUUAGGACCACAGGACGCCUGGUAGCGACCGGCAGGACCAGCAUCAGGUGGAUCAGGACCAAGGACAGCAGCCUCUGCCAGAGCAAGGCCUGAAUUAUGACCAGGGAGGACCCCCCAGAUUGUGCGCCCGAGGAGAACCAGCGUCCCAUUGAUUUCCAGAGUCCAAUCCUAGAAAAACGGAAAAGACCAGUGGUUCACCCCUCAGCCCCGGCUCCUCUCCCUAAGGAUUAUGCUUUCACAUUCUUCGAUCCCAAUGACCCUGCGUGCCAGGAAAUCUUGUUGGACCCCCAAACUAGUAUUCCUGAACUCUUUGCAAUUAUCAGGCAAUGGGUGCCACAGGUCCAGCACAAGGUAGAUGUGAUCGGCAGUGAGAUCUUAAAAAGGGGCUGUCAUGUGAAUGACAGGGAUGGGCUCACAGACAUGACGUUAUUACACUAUGCGUGUAAAGCUGGGGCACAUGGUGUCGGAGACCCCACGGCCGCUGUACGACUGACCAAUCAGCUUCUCCUGCUGGGAGCAGACGUGACCCUGCGCAGCCGCUGGACGAACAUGAACGCCUUGCACUACGCUGCUUAUUUCGACGUUCCCGAACUGCUACGCAUCUUAUUGAAAGCAUCAAAGCCCAAAGUGCUCCAUUCCACCUGCAGCGACUUCAACCAUGGAACCGCUCUGCACAUUGCGGCCUCUAACCUAUGUCUGGGGGCUGUGAAAUGUCUCCUGGAACACGGAGCCAACCCCUCAGUGAGGAACAGUAAAGGCCAGGUUCCUGCUGAAGUGGUUCCUGACCCUAUGGACAUGGGACUAGACAAGGCUGAGUCAGCCAUGAUCGCAAAGGAACUGAAGCAGCUUCUUCAAGACGCUGUGCCUUUGACUUGCAACCUGCCCAAGGUCACACUGCCAAACUAUGACAACAUCCCUGGUAACCUGAUGCUGGCGUCUCUUGGGCUGCGGCUAGGUGACCGGGUACUGCUGGACGCGGAAAAGGCUGGUACGCUACGGUUCUGUGGCACAACCGAAUUUGCCAGCGGUCAGUGGGUAGGAGUGGAGCUGGAUGAGCCAGAGGGAAAGAAUGACGGCAAUGUGGGAGGCAUCCGCUACUUUAUCUGUCCCCCCAAACAUGGAAUUUUUGCUUCAGUGUCCAAAAUCAGUAAGGCUCCAGAUCAGACACCCUCCUCUGUCACCUCAACACCAAAGACCCCGCGAAUGGAUUUCUCCAGAGUCACCGGCAAAGGGAAGAAAGAGAAAAAAGCAACGCAGAAGAAGUCCGUCAGCGUUGGCAGCUUAGACAAAGAGGGGCUCAACAUUGACCUGGGGGACCAGGUGCUCGUAGCUGGGCAGAAACAGGGAGUGGUGCGCUUCUAUGGCAAGACAGACUUUGCGCCAGGAUACUGGUUCGGAGUUGAGUUAGAAAAGCCUACAGGAAAACAUGAUGGGUCUGUGUUCGGGGUCCGGUAUUUCACCUGCUCCCCAAAAUAUGGAGUAUUUGCUCCACCCUCCAGGGUUCAGAGAAUUGGUGGCCCGAAAGAUCCUCAAGUGGAGAGCAAUGCUGUGAAAAAGGUUCACCAAGUUACUAUGUCACAGCCAAAGCGUAACUUCAACACAGUGCGGACACCGAAAGAACUCGCAUCGGAAAAUUCUAUCUCCAGGUUGCUGUUUUGCUGUUGGUUUCCCUGGCUGCUUCGGGCUGAGAUGCAAUCUUAACCCUUUCUCCCAAUCAGCCCUGCAUCUUCUAAAACCCUGUCAUUUGGAGCCACAGACUUCCGCCUCCUUCUGUCUGUGUCUGCAUCCCUUGACUCCCCAGUGCCUUGUCUAAUGUUCCUCUGAAACAGGGGCCCCUCUGUGUGUCACUGUCUGAUUCAGUGCAAAAAUACAUUUCCGGAGGAGGGGGUAAGAAAGUUCCUGCUUCAUACCAGUGAAGGUUUUACUUGCUUCCUUUCUUAACAGAACCUUUAACUGGACACCAAAUGUAGGAACCUACAACGCUAUCCAAGCUUUCUCUAGCUGCCAUUCAUUUUCUAGAGGAAAUAUUAUAACAUGUCAUGGGCCUUUAAUGUCUAAAAACGCCACGAUAAUGUCCACAAUACUACUAAUAGUCAACCAACAUCUACUAACUGGUUCAAUCACCCAUCAAGAUCAUACAAGGUUUGGCCUAAUCUCAAGUACUAGUUGCAGCCCAUGACUAGCAAUUGGUAAUAUCACCUAGGCCAACAACGGUCCACCACAUCUUAUCCUACCUUCAUAAUAAAAAAAGUCCAUGUAUACCAUAUAGUCAUGGUUGGACAUGUAUUCCAUGUGGUUGUCACAUAGUACUUGAGCAAGUCUCUACUGUAUGAUAUUGCUGAGUAAUUUGUGGGGAAAAGUGAAUGUAAUGUAAAGCUAACCUCAAAACCUAGACAUUUGAUGUAUGUAUAUAGCAUGCCCAAACUCUACGGUAUCCAUUUUCUAUAAUCUCUUCUAUAGACAACUCCAUAUCUGUAGGGUACCUUCUAGGACAUUGACCUUGAGACACCACAAACCAUGUUUGUGUGUCAUAUUACGAAGACACCAAUGAGAUUGUCCAUGGAUGAUGGGAGAAAUUGGAUCACAUUAAAAUUCAUUGGUCAUCAUUACUUACAUAGUCUUCCGUUGCUCAAUGUUUCUUUUAUAAUUGAAAUUUGUAAUAGUGGAAGAUGGACCACAGUCACCAGUGUCUUACUCUUGUUCCGUUGGCUCCAGUCCUGUAGUCCUUUGAUACCCAUUGUAUACAUGUACUAUGCCUUAAUGUUGACAUCCCCAUGUAAUGUUCUGAAGAUCUUCUUACAUCUUCAGAUUCUGGUCUUCUUCAUUGGGUGCGAUUUACUGACCCCAUAUUGAAACCAUGAUGAUUUGGUAUCUCCCCAUCCUCCUUAGUUCAGUCAUGAAUGUCUACUAUAGCUUGUCCAUAGUCCAUCAUGUUCAAGUUGAGUAUGAGGUCUGUCCCUUCUUUCCAAGUCCAUGACUUGCUUCCUAUCACCUAGCUCCAUGGCUUCGACAUCUUGAUUGCUUCCUAGCCCCUUGUCUUGAUAAUGUGGCUUAUUUUCUACUGGUGGUGCCUUCCACGUUUUUGGCUACGAUGGUUUCUUAUGUUCUAGUUGUUUUUUUUUCCAUCAUCCUAUCCCUGGCCAGUUUCUUCCUAUCAUCCUCCAGUGUCUUCUUGCAAUAACUUUCACUCUUUUGGGUGAACUGAGUCAAUGUUCUAAAAUCCCAUGAGGCAUGCGACCAAGACGUUGCCAAUUGGAUUUGUCUACCCCACCCUAUUACCCCAUGUAUAACAGGUCACUGCAUGCAGCCCCUCCUCUGUACAUAGUAGCAUGGGGUAUUCUGUGUGCUGUGAGUGGUAAGUAUCUCUGUACAUUGUGCUAUAUAGUGACCAGCACAACCCCACCCGGGGUUCACUGGGUGAAUCAGAGAGGAUCUAUAGAGCGUAUAUACAAAUGGCAGCAUAUACAGACACACCACCAUAUACGGACUGACAUACAGUAAACAAUACAUGCACUGUAGCAGUGGUCUGUAUAGCUAUAUAUAUUCAUACAGUUGGCGUGAAUACCGGUAUACAGAUAUACUGUAUAUAUAUAUUUGGAGGUAUCUAGGACACGUUUGUGAGGAUGUAUUUUAUUCUAUAACCCCCGGGCGGGACAUCACUAAUUUUCUCGUAUAGCGGACCCAACAUGUUUCCCUUGAAACGUGUUCUGGGGCCCCUUGUUAUCCUGCGUAAAAUCUUGUGAUCUGCCUGUAACUUGUGGUCCUAAUAACCCUGUAUACGGGACAUGUGGAUGUAUGUCAGAUAAUAAACUGAUUGAACUACU